UCGAAAUAUUCUUUAUGCACGAUACGUAAUGUUUUUUUGAGCUGUAUCUGACUAGGAAGUAUAGAAGGAGGACGUGGUACUUUCCUGAAUAUGGAGAUGGACAUUAGGCAUCGGCACCUGAGAAUCUUGUGUGCCGCUGGAAGCUAAUUUGUCCGGAGGCGGUUCCAUAAGUGGCCGAUCAUCCGUAGCCGGCAAGUUUUUGCGGAGCUAACAGCCCGACUGCGCUUACAGCAAUCCCGUGGAACCAGAGAAAUCACUACCACUGAAUAUGGAGUCACGAAGUCACUGGAAAUCUUUUGUGUUACUAGUUGCGUUGAUCUCCAUCGGGUGGUUACACGGUUUCCCUUCCGCUAAUGGAAACGGCUUACCGAAACAGCAAGCAAUGCCCCAGCGGCCGGCUGAGGGCGGUGCCAAAGCUGUUCCCUCAACCACCGCACGGGCACAGGCAGGGGCCCCACCCGCGCAACGUACCCCAGUCAAUCGAGGGAGUAUUUCGUUGCCGAACUGGUGCAGCGUGGGGACCUACGCUCGCAACGGCGAGCCACUCUUCACCACCAUGACUCGGACCGAGGAUUCACACAAGGUUUACCACAAUGCCUUCUGGCACGCACACAAAUGGUAUGCGCUGGUGCCGCCAGAUGCCAUGUUUCGUGACGGCGACCAGCCUGGCACUUCCGACACUCCCCUUUCCACGUCCUCCACGGAUGCUACCACCACCACCAGUUCCGUUGCUAGCCACCCUCCUAGCAGCCAGCUCGAGGAGGGCCUCUCCGUUAACUGCGCGCUGAUCAACCUGCCUGUCAGCAACAUCAGUUCCUUCACCGACAACAUGCGCACCGGCUUCCUGCCGGGCACCACCCUGCUGGUAGACUUCCCCUUCCCCGCCUUCCCCGACAACCUGGGCCACUGGGCGGAGAUCAUGCUGACCACCUACUCGGUACUUAUGGACGGAGCAUGGCGGAGUAACUCCGUCGGCACCCGGGGGGGCUAUGUGGACCGCAUCCUGUUACCCAAUCUGCGAAAGGAAAUGAACGACUGGUUCAAGGAAAUCCUGGCCAUUGCAGUGGCGCCUGGAGUGCGGAAGGGAGGCGCCCCGGUACCGCCCAUCAUUGACCAUGCGGACCUGGAGGCCUUCCCCAAGCUGUCCUGGCUGGCCAUUGAGAACCUGCUGGUGGUGCAGGACAGGGACCCGUUAACCGCUGCCCAAGCGAGCGAGCGAACAUUAGACGGGCGAUCGGAACUAGACCUGCGAGCAGGGGGCAAUGUGGGGGCAUUCCGGCGCCUUUUGGACGGGGAAGGCCACAUCAGGAGGGCUCUUUACCUACCGUACACCCACCCGGAGCGCAAGACCGGCUUCAUCGGUGCGGACCACGGCGACCUGUGGCGGUACGACGGCUGCGGGCGUUACGUCAACCGGGAGCUGGAUGUGGGGUUCAGUAACGCCAGCUACGCGGCGGCUUUCAGGGCUGCCGCCUACAAGCGAGCUGGCCUGGACCCUCCUGCCUCCAGCUGGGUCCCCGGCUCCCCUCCGCCCCCUCCCCUGCCCGGCUCACCCCGGGUCAUGACGCUGCUGCUGCCGCAUGAGGACUAUCCCCCGGUGGUCAACUGGCAGGAGGUCCAGGAGGUCUUGCGGCGGGUGGGGACGGCCACCGGCCUGGAGGUGCGCACCGUCACCCUGUCCACGGAUGCGCCCUUCGUCUCGCACCUGGACACGUUCGCACGCAGCUCGGUGCUGGUGGCGCGACAUGGGCCCCUGCUGGCCACUGCAACACUCAUGGCGCCAGGUUCUGCCGUCGUCGAGCUGCUGCCGUACAAGUGGGAAUGGCUGGGCCUCUCCAAGCUGUACUACAACAUGACUCAGAGCGCUGGCGACCUGCACCACUUUGCCUGGCGGGCCACCGACCACCGCCUCGUGCACUACGACCACGAGAACUACACGCGGUACCACUCCUGGACCCCCGAGGAGUGCAGCGCCCGGGAGUGCCUGAUGGUGCACGCCCGUGCGGGGCUGACGGUCAACACUGUGGGGGCGACACACGUCGGUAGGUAUACUCUCUGGUGCGCAUGCGGAUGCACUCUCGGUUGUCCUCCGCCGGCCAGAACGGUGCGGUUCAGUUCGGAGCUGGAGUCCCUGCUGCGAGCCAAGCUGCCGGAUGUGGUGGCCGGCGGGGACGUGGGGGAGCUGCGGGAGCCCUGGCCCAAGGCGGUGUAG